UGUAUUUUCAUGUAAUUGUUUUAACCAUUUUGAUGUAUUUAUUACAUUUUUAUGUCAAAUUAAAUGUAGUUAUUAAAUUUAUUCUUAAUCGGUUUUCAUAUAUGUUUUUCUUGUGAUAAAAGUUUAAAAUAAGAUAUCACUAUGUACACAUGGAAAUGAUCACCUACUUUAUUGAAAUUUAAAGAUAAUUGAAACAAGAAUAUUCUGCUUCCAAUGUUUUAUUUUGCCAAAAAUGUCUUUUUUGUCCUUUUUUUUUCUGGCAAUAAAAAAACCUUACCCAAUGAAAAUAGGAAACAAAACUUGCAAAAAAUGACAAAGGACAGUUUUGUUGUAUUGCCUAUUUUGUUUCUGGUUAUGUUCACAACUCUUCUAAUGGCUGGUGGGAUUUUGCUUGUUAUACAUUGCAAAACUUGGAAUGUCCAGGUUGUUAGGAGAACCCCAAUUUGUCUUUUGCUAAAUAUUUUGUUGAAGUUUUGAAUUAGAUUGAGGUAGAGAUGAUGUUCUGUUGUAUGCUUGUUGUUCGAAUUAACCAGUUUGGUUAAUUGUUUUAUAACAACAUUCUUUUGGUAAAUAUACCUUUUCUUCUACAUGAUGUUUUGUAAGUGUAUCGUUUCAGUAUAUUGUUUAAAAUUAAGUGCUAUUAUAUUGGAUUUUCUUUUCCCUGAUAUAUUUGCUUUGCUAAAUUCAACUAAUUUACUGGCUGUUGUUGGUUCUUUAUUUUAGCUUUCUGACAAAUGUGAUGUUUUUUGCAUGCAGUCUCAUUUAUGUUGCCUUCAGUUCUUUCAAAUUAUACGGAUUUUGUGUGGAUUCACAAAAGAUGCCUUGUAGCGUUCGACAAACCUAUCUAGAUAAUAAAAAAGUGUCAGAGGUAGGAAAGGCUAACUGGUCCAAGAAUUCUUUGCAGCUGAAUGAUUGUAGAAGAUCGUCAAAGGAUUCCAGAAUUUCUUCCUUCAAUUUGAGGAACAUUGAUCAGAGGUGUGCCAUUUUGACUUUCCCUACACUUGAAUCUGAUGGGCGGUGGAGAAUUGUUGCACUACCCUUGCAAUAUUUUGAUCAAACUAACCGUUUUGGAUCUGGAACUCAGUUGAAUAUGAAUGGUCUGCAUCUGGUCUCCUCUCCAUCCAUUAAUUCAUUUAAGGUUGAUGGAUGGAAGGCACAGAAAGGGCCUCAACCUGAGAUUACUUAUUCUGCCAAGCCUUUUAGAGACAGAAGCUUUUCUGGAUCCAAUAUGCAACAUCAAUUUCACAACAGAACCAUUGCAAAUAAAAUGACUAAAUUGAAUGAAGUGUCCAACAAUUCUUCCUGUCAUAGUUCCAUCGCUUACAAUGAUUCCUCUGCUGUUAUGUCUAAUGCUUCUAAUCCAUCUGCCAUGUUCAUUGAUUGUUUGGAGGAAUACAAGUAUACAAAGAGAAAUUCACGAAAGAAGCCAAGAAGGAAGGGAAAACAUAAAAAGAAACAUUUGUGUGAUGUUCACUCCAGAGAAUCAGAAGUCUGUUCAGAGUAUACCCGUGGAAGUUCAGCAUCUGAAAUCUGUGGUAACAAUGACAUUAAUUCUGGAUCACAUGGAACUUUACCAGAAGUUUCACCAUCUGAUGGUUUGCUUAAUAUAACUGAUUUUGCAGACAGCAGCAAUAGUGCUGUUACAAUUUUUCAAUCACCAAAAAUAUGCACAUCUGACAUUGAUGAAGUGGAUUUAUCAGAAUUUAUUGUACCUUCUCAAGUUCAGAAGCUUCCUAGGGAGCCUCAUGCAGAUAAUUCUGAAAUUGGUAGUGAAGACCAGCAACUUUCUAGGUGUAAAGGAGAUAUAGAGAGGAGACAUCCUUCACAUAUGGGCUCUGUUGUAGGUAUACAUCAGAAAGGUUUCUCUGAUAUGUGUGGUUCUCUAAUGUUGGACUCAGUUUCUUUUGGUUCAAACAGUGAAGAUGGUACAAGUGCUGGUCAUAGUGUCAAUCAAUUUAACGACAACAGCCAUGAAAUCAGUCAAUCAGAGCUACCAGGUUCCAGUACCAAGAAGGGGUCCUUCAAUCGCCUAAACUCAUUAUGUAGCAUUUCAGAAACCCGUGAUUGUGCUGAGGGAACCAAGCUUGGUCUGGCUCAUAGCAGCUUUGAUGGAGGAAUAAUUGCAUCAGGCAAGAGGGGUAAGCAGUUCAAAUCUAUUCCCGGAAGUUCAAGUCCUUGCAAAUUUGGAAGUAUAGGGAACUUGCAUAGUCGAAUGGGAGCAGAGAAGAGUCAUUCUGUUUGGCAAAAGGUUCAGAAGAAUGCUGUAGAGAAAUGCAACACUGAGUUGAAGACAACAAGUCCCAUUUGUUCACAGUUUGAUGUUACUUUAAAGGAUUCUCCUUUGCUGAAAAGAAAUUCUAAUGCUUCCUAUGUAACAACCCUACCUAUUACCGAUGAUAAGAAAAGGGUAAAACAUAAGGUUCCUAGGAAGUUGAAACGAAAAGUUAGUCCAGCUUCAAGACAAGAAAACUGCAGUUCUUCCAGGAAGGAGUCUCAUCCCAACAAGGUAAACUUAAAUUCUCACGUAAAGUCUGGCAUGCCAAAAAGUGAAAUAUUAGAUGUUUUAACUUCUUUGGAUGACCCUGGAGUAAUUAAAAGUCUUUCGAGGUCUUGUUCUCAGCUUGGUUGUGUGAUGGUUGAGACAAUGAAAUCUGAAUCAGUUAACGACUUUCAAGUUGGUCCAAGCAGAAUGGAACCAUGUGAAAGUGUCUGUGAUACUGCUUCUGGUUUGAAUAAUAUAACUAUAGAGAAUCAAGACAGCUUACUGCAAAAGUCAUGUGUCCCUUUGGACCAUUCAAAUUUGCUUGAGGUUCACACUCCAGUUUUCCUUCCUCAUCUGAUGGUGAAUGGUGUUGCUCAAACAGAAAAAGAAAUAUCUCUUGCUGAAAAUGGUAAGCAAAGCCAUAAUUUGAAUGCUGUUCUCCAGAAAUGGAUACCUAUUGGGAUAAAGGAUCCUGGAUUUACAACAACUGCCAGAUCUGCCAAUUUGUCAUUGGAACAUUCUAAUGAGCCAGAUGCUAAAGAGGAGACUUUCAAAAUUACUUUUGAAGAGAAAGUUGCUCCCUGUUCUAAGAAUCUUUCUUCAGAGAAUACUGGAACAAUGUGUAGCAUUAGGAAUGAUUCAAGACUUGCAAUUAGUUCUCCUGAAAAUGAGAACCAUAUUCAAAAAGUGAGGAAUCUGAAUGCUUGCGUAAAUGAUAAUGAAGACAAGCAAAAUGGGGCUAAUUUCUUUAUUGAUGAAACUAAGGAACAAAAUUUAUCAGCAACUGAUUUAAGCAAGAUAGCGAAGGCAUUGAAUGAAGCCUAUAGGGCACAAAUGGCAUCUGAAGCUGUUCAGAUGGCCACUGGGAGUCCCAUUGCUGAGUUUGAAAGGCUUCUUCACUUUUGUUCUCCAGUUAUUUGUCAUUCAUACAGUUCAGUAGGCUGUCAAACUUGCUUGCUGGACCAGCGUCCUAGUGCUCUAUUGUGUAGACAUGAGAUUCCAAACAUCCGAUUGGGAUGUCUAUGGCAGUGGUAUGAGAAACAUGGAAGCUAUGGAUUAGAAAUAAGGGCAGAAGAUUAUGAAAGUCCAAGGCGGUUGAGCGUUGAUCAGUUUGAAUUUCGUGCCUACUUUGUGCCUUUCUUGUCGGCAGUUCAAGUCUUUAGGAACAGUAAAAGUCAUUCCACCCAUAGUAACACCAGAAUUUCUUCUCCUGGAGUUUCUAAGGCUUGUGAUAUUGGUUCCACUUCACUAAACUCUACUAAUGUCGAUCAUCUUCCAAUAUUUUCAGUUCUUGUUCCACAGUCGCACACUACAGAACCAAGUAGUCAGUCCCAAGUAAAUGAUGUGGUUAGAUCUGAACCAUCUGCAGCUUCUUCUAAAGAUAUGUUACCUGUUGAAUCUGUUGACUUGGCAUGUUCUGAUUGUCUUGAACUAGUUUUUGAGUACUUUGAAUCUGAACAGCCUCAGCAAAGACGAGCAUUAUGUGAAAAGAUACAAGAACUGGUUAGAGGCGAUGUAUCUCCUCAGUGCAAAAUGUAUGGGGAUCCAGUUAAUCUGAACUCCAUAAAUAUACAUGAUCUGCAUCCUCGAUCUUGGUAUUCUGUUGCAUGGUAUCCUAUUUAUAGAAUUCCAGAUGGAAAUUUUCGUGCAGCAUUUUUGACAUACCAUUCACUUGGCCAUUUUGUUCGUAGAAGUUCCAAGUUUGAUUACCCUAGUGUGGAUUCAUGUAUAGUAUCUCCUGUUGUUGGUCUUCAGAGUUACAAUGCUCAGGGUGAAUGCUGGUUCCAGCCGAGGCACUCUACAAUGAAUGAUACUUCUGGAACCCAGAGCUUAAUCCCUUCUGAAAUACUGAAGGAGCGGUUAAGGACUCUCGAGGAGACUGCAUCUCUUAUGGCAAGGGCUGUUGUCAACAAAGGAAUUCAGACAUCAGUUAACAGACACCCGGAUUACGAGUUCUUCCUCUCUAGGCAACGACAGUGAAUUAUGUAAAAUUAACAAGUAGCCUCUUCACCUUGUCAAUUAGUUCAGCUAUGUUCAGGUAGAAGUUAACCUUAAUAGGGAGUUCAGUUCAUAGUGUUAUUUGGCCAGUGAAUGCUAUAUUUAUUAUGUACAGUUUGUAUGAGGUCCUUUUGUCUUCAAAACUUGGUAGAAGGUGCAUAGCUUUAGCAGACAAGCCGGACGAUGUAUAUAAGUUUGUUUAAUCAAAGUUGAAAAUUUUACAAGUUUAUAGUGUUCAAACCAUGCAUAGAAGCCCACAAACAUGCAGGUUUUACAUAAGAUGAAUUAAUAAGUAAAUUGCAUCAAGUGUUUGCUUUCAGAAAAAUAUAGGGAGAAGCAUGAGAUUAUGAUAUAUCAUGAAGCCAGGAAUCAUGUUUGACCCCAUUGAAGGUGAUAUUUUCAUCUCUGAUACCUUCAGCUGGACUAGUGAAUGGAUGUGGAUGCAGCGUUUUUUUGCCAGGCAGGCUCCACCCAAUAUUGAUUGUUUGAUCAGACCUAUGUUUUGU